AUGGUUCCCUCAAUCAAGCUCUCCUCCGGCCAUGAAAUGCCGCUUGUCGGCUUCGGCAUCUGGAAGGUUCCCAACGAGAGCUGCGCCGACACGGUUUACAACGCCAUCAAGCUAGGAUACCGUCACUUCGAUGGUGCUUGGGACUACACUAACAGCGCCGAGGCCGGUAAGGGUGUCCGCCGUGCCAUUGACGAGGGAUUGGUCAAGCGUGAAGAUCUCUUCAUCACCAGCAAGCUCUGGAACAACUACCACAAGCGCGAGCAUGCCCACCAGCAGGCCAAGCUCGAGCUCGAGGCUUGGGGCCUUGAGUACCUCGAUCUUUUCCUGAUCCACUUCCCCAUCGCGCUCGAGUUCAUUCCCUUUGAGGAGAUCCGAUACCCGUGCUUCUGGUCCGACAAGGAGCAGACCAAGCCCACUAAGUUGGCCAAGGUCCCCAUCUCUGAGACCUGGUCUGCUCUGGAGGAGCUCGUCAAGACCCCGGAGAACCCUAAGGGUAUCUUCAAGUCCAUCGGCAUCUCCAACUUCCACACCCAGUUGAUCUACGAUCUUCUCUCGUAUGCCAAGAUCCCCCCGGCCGUCCUUCAGAUCGAGCACCACCCCUAUCUCACUCAGCCCGAGCUCAUCCACAUGGCUCAGGAGAACAACAUUGCCGUCACUGGCUACUCUACCUUUGGCCCUGCUUCGUUCAUCGAGUUGAACAACGCUCAGGCCAAGGAGAUCAAGCCCUUGUUCGAGACCGACCCCGUCAAGGCUGCCGCCGAGAAGCACAAUGUCAGCCCAGGUCAGGUUCUCCUCAGAUGGUGCACACAGCGAAACAUUAUUGUCAUCCCCAAGUCCAACAGCGUAGACAGACUCAAGCAGAACCUCGAAUCUACCACCUUCGAUCUUACAGAGGAGGAAAUCAAGGCCAUUGCCGCACUCGAUAUUGGCCUCCGAUUCAACUCCCCCGCCUCUCUGGGUAGCGCUCGUAUCUUCACAUAA